AUGAAGGAGACCCGGCUUCAAUCCCCGGGUCAGGAAGAUCCCCUGGAGGAGGGCAUGGCAACCCACUCCAGGGUUCUUGCCUGGAGAAGCCCACGGACAGAGGAGCCUGGUGGUACAGUCCCUGGGGUCCUAGAGUCAGACAUGCCUGAGCGACUCAGCACAGCACAGCGUGGUUGGUUGACUGUGUUUCUGCGCUGCACCCCGGCUUUGUCUUUAAGCCACAUUUAUUGUAAAGGCAGCUGCUUGGCAGGUGGAAACAGGCCCUGUCUUUAUAGUCCUUUGAUGCUAGAAGGAGCGAUUCUAUUUGCUGGUUAG